AUGUUACUUGCGAUUACCAUGCCAUCUGCAAAGCUUUCUCUGCAUUUGAUGCCCGUUGUGUUUGUGAUGACAACUGCCCGUCGUACGAGGAGCCAGUGUGUUCAUCUAACUCGACAACAUUUAAGAACAAGUGCUUUUGUCUGCUGGACAUUUGCAGGCGCAAGAGCAACCACACUCUCUAUCAUCCCGGUAGUUGUACAGGUAAGAGAGCGGAUUAUAAUGAUUUUUAAAACCAACUUAACCAGCGUAUGCAGAGCUCUAGUGUUAUGAGAUAUGGUGCUGCUGAUGACUUUUGACAUCCCUCAAUUUGGCGGCCAUCUUGGGCGCCAUCUUGGAAUUUACUGAGAAUUCCGUUUUAGGCAGUGCACAUGGCAUUUUCCAUGCUGGAGGUCUAAAAUAAUUCAUGAUUAAAUGAUUAUUUUUCUUAUUUUGGUACUGUUUUGAACGCAACAAAGUGUCAAUCAUAUAGUGCCACUAUAUGAUUGUGUGACUGUACAAUCAGCCUCUAACUUUAAAACUCCUCGCAUAUAGAAAGGAUUUUGUAUGUUGUUUUUCCUAUCCUCAUCAGGUAUUUGCAGGAUGCAUCUUUUUUUUGUCUUAGUGUUAACUUUUUUUUUGCUGUUUUUGUUUAUUUUUUCGCUUUCAGCUCUAAUUAGCUUUGUUUUUCUUUUGUUGUUCUUUUUCUUGUUGUUCCUUGACAGGUUUUCCUGUUCAGACUGGGCGAGUUUCACUGAAAAGACAUAUACAAUGGGCAGAGACGGCCUGUGAAGUAGUGAAAUUUCCACCGUUUUCAUUCUAUCCGGACAAAGAAGUGCACGUACAGAUAACGACCAAUCACUGGAACAUAAGCGAGAAGAAUUUUAUACAUGAUGCUACUGUGUCCUGGGUGGAAACUGUUAACUUCGAGGAUUUUGAGGUGAAUAUUUUAAAGGAAGUUUUCAAUUCAAGUAUUACUUCAAGUAGUAAUUAGUGAUCCUCUACUCAUUUGUCUUACAUCUCCAAGAGCUCUUGUUUACCUGUCAUAUUUCUGGCCAGUAAAGUACUAUUUGAACAUAUUUUAUUUUCACAACGAGUUACUAGCGGAGAUUUCGCGUCUUGCGCGCGCAGAAGAGCACUAUGGGUAAGAAAAUUUGGUUAUCUAUGUAACCAAACAAUUUUGGUUACUAACAAAAUCGUGCGUACGUACGUAGGACCGCGUCUUCAUGUUAACGGAUGUGAAAUGUCUUACUAGCUGUAAGUCCAAAACAUAUACAAAUUGUGUUUAACUCGAUUUUGGACAUCCAUGUUAUAAUCAAUUGACAGCUGUCAAGUAGGGCAUCCCCAGACCAGUGUCACUCGACUUUAUUGCGGGCUCAGGUGUGCUACUUAUUAAGGUGACCCUUUUUUAAGUUCUCAGCUGACCAGUUAUGGAAUCAAGUGAUCGCAGGCUUGGAAAACUUUUUUUCAGCAAGUCAGUUACCACGAGAGCUUCGCUUUUGACCUGCCUAAAUCUAUGUAUCACCUUACCAUAUAAAAUAAACAUUAGCCAUUACAUUUAAUAUUUAGGUGUGCGUGACUGCAGCAGGAAGAAAUGAUCGCUUUAUCAAAGAAUUUGCCACGGUGGACUGGAUGGCCUACCAAGGUGCUCCUGAUGGAGGUGUGGCGGGUAAAAUGCGCAUUCCAGAAUGGUGGACUGGAUCACAGUGCUCAAAAGUCAGCCUUCCUCAGGCAAUAACACUUUAUUGUUAUCUCUCAGCUGCAUCUUGUUUCGUUGCAUAAACCAGAAAAAAUAGUGACCUUUAGUUAAGUCUUUCAAUAAGGUGAACAUUUGCUAUGCUGAUGUUGUAAGUACCAAACACGUCAUUGUUAACCAAUCAAAGAUAUCGUACUUGGACUUGGAGACAUGAGCUGGAAAUAGGCAGCCCAGUUUUGUCCGCGAAAUUCGUUUUUUUUAAAUCAAAUUUUAAACCUUUUUUUUUAAUCAGAUAUUUUAAACGUUUUUUAAUCAGAAAAUUAGGAGAAAGAAACUUCUCUAAAAAAAUUUGACAGUCGCGUUCAUUUACCACAAAAAUGUCCUAUGAGAAAUGUGAAAUUUUUAUUUAAUUUUACCAAUUAAAUCAUUUUGCUUAUACUGUAAUUACAAUGUUUCUUACUGUAAUGUUUUUUUUUUUUUUUUAACAGGGAAAAUGUGCGUCUACACCAACGGUCCUGGUUACAGCAGAACAUAUAAGUGCAGACUUUAAGCAUGAUGCCGCAAGUUUGUGGGUGGAAAACGCAACCAGUUCCUCCUUUUACAUUUGUCUUCGAGAACUACAGAAUUAUGAUGGUCUACAUGAAGAUAUCUUUGUGGUAUAUGUUUUCUCCGUUAUAAAUAUAUCUGUCUGGAGUCUGCUAAAACGUGGCUAAAGAAAUUUCAAGUGCAUUUUAUCAGUUUGAUAUCUGAGUCGAAUGGAAUGCAGUUAAAAGUUACUAGCUGACAACUUUAUUGCUGGCGCCAGACGGUAAAUUCCUCUCUCAGAAGUGAGAGGAUUUUGCUAUAAAAUAAACAAGAUUUGAAACGUCCAGACAUUAUAAUCUUUUAGUCAGCCAAACCUGAGGCCCCUAGCCAAGUGCGUGCCGAAAACAGAUUAAGAAGCCACAAGCACAGAAUAGGAUUUCUAAGACAAAGGCAUCUAAACUAAACACUCACGAAGCGCUUUUAUGCUUGGCCCAAAGUAAUCUGUUAACACGAGCGCAACCGCAUACCUGAGUUUUGUCUGUCAACACCUUCGGUAAAUCACUCAAUAAAAUCACUUUCGAUUCAAUGACAACAUUUCCAAAAACCGCGCAUAAUAUUUCCACAUUUAACACGGGCGAAACAUCGUCAAAUUACUUGGAGCAAAAAAAGCCCGGUCUGGAUAGGAUCAAUGAUAAAAUACGUGAAAUGACUGAGAUCUCGCAAGUAUUGUGGAUACAACUUACAAAUCGUUUUUCGGGAACAAAGCUUAAUUAUUCCUACACGGGAUUUAGGUAUGAGAUAGCAAUCCAUUUUUAAUUGCUAUCCCUCUCUUUAGAGUUGGAUGGCCUUUGAAAAAAUACAGAGGCCCCUUUUCGCUGAGAGCAAACACGUGGAUUUUCCAAACAACAGUUCCGUUUCUACAAGUUACAAUGGUGCAUUUUGCAAGGUAAGAAGCACUUUACUUUUAAGCAGAAGAAGGCUCUGUAACUAUUUAGAUGGAACAGCAGAGAAAAACUGCUAUCAACCCCCCGGGGGGAGGGUACUCCCUUAUAUAAGCUAUAUAAGUAUGUGCCGCCCCAUCAGGUAGGGUUUUUGCGCCGUUUUGGUCUGAAAACGGGUAUACACUUUGCCCAUUUUGGUCUGGAAUCGGGUGUGGUUUUUGAGGGAAUUACGGGAGUGUCUGAACGUAUUUAUCGUUUCAAUUCCAAAUGAGUGAGAAAGAAAGAGAAAAAUGCGAAUUCGAAAUGGAUUUGAAGUGUUUUUUUAGUUUGCGCUCUAAUCUAAGUAAUGGUAACAUAAUUUCUGCCUAAAGGCCAGGUCUGAAAAAGGGUAUGGAUUUUAGAAGUCUGGUCUGAAAACGAGUGUGGAAAAUUACAUUCUUUGGUCUGAAACAGGGUCAGGACACUAGCAAGAAUUCUCAGGAGCACCUCCCCGGGUAUCAAACAAGAACAUUUGUGCAUUUUAAAUCAUAUUUACAGCUGUAAAACUCCAGAUUUUAUCGCAACUUAAAAAAUAGGACUAAAAACGAAGGAAGUCAACCAUGAUUGAUCUCACAUUUAGUUGCCAUACCAUCUCAUAUGAUCUUUCAAAAGAAAAGAGACGAGGCCAUGAAAGGAACUUCGGGAAAAAAUCUUGAACAAAGAAUUGUUUUUGGCACUCAAAAACUACCUGUUCCUUCGAGUCAGCGCAGCCACCAAUUAUAUGACCAUGCAUUGAUAAAAACGGAUGAUGUUUCAAAUUUUACAUCAACAGCCUUUUUUUUAUUUCCUUAGGACGUCCCAUUUGCAAAGAAUUACGACAAAGAACCCAUAGUAUUAAUAGCAGCCGGUCACAACUCAGAAGGCAACAAUUUGAAGCCAAUAUACAUGUCAGUGACCCCAUGGAUUGAGGUAUUCUCAAAUCAUUUAACUAAUAUCAGAAACUCAUAAGGGGUUGAAACAUGUAACUCUCAUAUGUUUGCUUUGUGCGAUGCUUGUGAUUAUUCAUUUUCGAAAGUACCAUAUUUGGAACGAGAAGAAGAGAUAAUUGACCAAUCAAACUUCGUAAACAACGUAACAUAGUUUUACUUCAUGUUCCCGCGCCCGCUUGAAAAAAAUGGCCGACAAACGGGGGAAAAACUCCCGAAAGCUGAGAAAGCUUUCAAAGGUUGAAACCAGGAGUCUUACCGAAACACUGAGCAGGAUAUUAUUGCCUUACCACCCAGGCCAUACAUAACAUUAUGAAACCCAUUGACGUCCUCGCAACUUCAUGAAGUUGUCACUUUAAAAAACGAUGCCUCGUUGACCCUCUGUACAGCGAACUUAUACUGCAAAUAGGCUUUUAAAAUUCUUAUAUUAAAAGUCUAGAAUAAACAGUAAAAAAUAUUUUCGAAUAAAAUUCAUUAGCUGCCUAUCGAAAAGUGUCCAAUACCUGAACCUGACAUCUUCGCAAAAGGGUGAUGCGUGUAAUGAAUGUGAGAAGCCUUUCAGGGAGCAUUCAUAAUUUAUCUAGAGGGUGGGCUAUGAUGCUUUCCUUAUUUUUUCCUUUUUUUUUUGAAGCCCCCCCUGAUAAUCUCUGGGGGUUUUUUCUGACCCCCCCCCUCAAGAGAUGUUGAUUUAUCAAAGGAAAAUAUCAUAGCCCCCCCUCCCCCACCACAUAAGUACAACAUGUCAAACUCACCCUUAGCCAUAUCAAAGCCUUGUGACAGGUAUAUUGAGCUUUAUUAGUUUUGCACCUAUAAAAUGGUGAUAUUUCAAGAUGUCAAUUUAUGAAAAUAUAAUGUUUAGUACAAUUAAAUCUCUACGCAUUUUUAAUUCAAAAUUGUUCUAUUUUGGACAUUCUUGAGAAAAGCUGAUUAAAUGAUUGGCUUAUAAUAAAUUUAACUAUCCGAAUUGGUACUGGAGAGAAAGUAGUCUAUUAGUUGCACUGAACAUACAUUCCAUAUAAAUUCGAUUCAAGCAGAUUUAGAAGCUAAUGAUCUGAUAGAUCAUGGCCAGUUGUUAGUGCAGUGUUUUUAAAUGAAGAUCUGUUUAGAGGACGCUAAUGAUCUUCAUUAAACUACUGCAUAACAACUGGCCAUGCUGUAUCAUCUAGCAAGUCAUCUUUCAACUCUUGGAGAGCAUCAAACUAUCUUGAGUCUUUUUAUAUUUAGAAACUAGCAAAUCCAAAAAAUGGUUGGCCCCCCCUUAUGCUCGAUGUAAUUUUCGUUGGAAAUUUUCCACAGCCCCCCCUAAAUCAUAGUAGGGAAAAAGAGUGACCCCCCCCUCAAAAUCAUCAUAGCCCACCCUCUAGGUAAAUUAUGAAUGCUCCCUAAGCUUAAACUCAGCUUGGAUGUUGUAGUCACGAUCGUUUUUUGAGCUAAUUUUAUGACUGAAAAAACUCAAAAUAAUAGACAGAGAAGCCGUUUCUUGAAAAUCUUUAUUCAAAAUCCAAAAGGUUAAUCCUUUAAAAGCAAUUCGGAAAACACUAUCUGGAUCGUGAAUCCGUUGGCGCUAGUGAAAUCGGCUGAGCACAUGGCAAAAUUCAACACAAAAUCCAUCUCAAAUUGGGACACAUUUUGUAAUUUUUCUUUAGUGCCGAAGAGAAAAAUGUAUAAAACGUCUAUGAAACAUUUAAAAGUACAUAAAUUCCCUUUCAACAACGUAAUUGUCUUGGCCAUAGAGUGCAAAAUGUACCUGAAAAUUCAGCAAAAACUUCAUUGCCUUGGUUGCAUUUCAAAACAGGCCAUGCGCUCCGUCGUGAAGAAAACAAGGUUGAGUUCCUCGAAGGACGAUUUCUUGAUGAAAAGCUUCCCUUCCUCCACAAAAAGAAAGCUGAGCAUUCUUUUGAACUUUCUCUUUCCAUUUUUUGUCUUUUAACGGUGUAUUUUUAACCCUGAAAUGCAGAACUCUUGUCUUAAAACAUCUGCAUGGUGAUCGCGCGGCAGCCAUUUGUUGAAAAUGGAUAUCUGUCACUAAGGUUUCCAAAUAUGGCAAAAGUGAAUAUUCACGAGCAUUGAACGCGAGUUACACGUUUCAACCCCUUACGAGUUUCUGCUAAUAUACAACACAUUUUCUUCAAAAUAAGUAACAUCAAGCUGACGACCCUGUAGGAAAUAUGCAAAUGAGCUAAGUUACACCAAGGUCUGUUCAUGCGGUUUGCCGUUUAUCAGUCAUAGUCGCACAGCGAAACAUUUCAUGUGUUUGUCAAUCUGUUAUUCAAGGUCAGUUUCCCAAGUUCUUUUUCUGUUUAGAUAGGAAAAUGACUCAGCUACAGACUUUUAAACGAACGUCUCUAAAAGUUGAGCUGUUAUUGUUCUUCUAAGCGAAAUAUAUGACGCUAGAUGAUUUGCUUAUUAUUUUACAGCACAUCAAGACCAGCAAAUUCCGCAUUUGUCUCAAGGAGUUGUUCGCUGACCAGCAUGAUCCUGUGAAUGUGUCCUAUACAGUACUAGCAGGUGUGUUAGUAAAUGAUAAAAACAAAUUGUCUUUGCGAAGACCUUCUCAUGCCCAGCAAGCUUUUGGUAGAUGUCAAGUAAACUUAGAGACUCCUUGUUUCAUAUCUCCUUUAAGUAAUCACCCGUAAAUGUAUUUUCUUAGUCCCUACUUACCACAUGUAACGGUUUCUAUUUCUAAAAACGUCUCGGUCAGCUCAAACUUUUCAUGGAACGAACCAAACUCUAAUUUGAGUUAAGAUCGGCUGCUGGGUCAGACGUCGAUGGUCUCCUGGUUUGGUUCGUCUCAUGAAAAGUUCGACGUCUGGCCUAUAGGCCUUAUUUUCUCUUCAUUUCGCACUAUUUACUUCAUACAAUUUUUCUUGUAUAUUGCAGAUGUAUGUAAACCGGGCUGGUCAUAUUUUAACGGUAUUUGCUACUCGACAAGCCAUUCAUGCCAAAAUUGGACCGAAGCGGAGAAAAUCUGCCAGGGAUACAGUGCCAACCUCAUCACCGUACGGAAUCAAGAAGAAAACGUUUAUAUUCAGCAUCGGCUGAAUGGUGCUAAGGGCUGGAUUGGUAUAAAUGAUAGGGUCAGAGAGGGCAAUUUCACCUGGGCAGAUAAUCAAACUAAUAAUUUCACAUACUGGGCGAAAAACCAACCAAACAACUUCAACAAUGAAGAUUGUGUUCACACAUUAGGAGUCAGACGUAGUUUUAUGUGGAAUGAUGUGAGGUGUGAUACUUGCCAUAACUAUACCUGCUCAGAAGGUUUGUGGGUGACUUACCUCUUUUCUAUAAUAAUAGGCGAUGUUCAUCAUUGUCAUCAUCAUUAUCAUCAUCAUCGUCAUCAUCAUCUUCAUUACCAUUAUCAUUAGUUCCUAUUCAAAAGCCUUUUGCGAUUUGCCCUAAACCGAUUUUUCAAAUCGAGGUCAACUUCAAAGUUUUUUGUUCACAUGUGGAAAUUGUUCUCUAUUCUCAUUCAAAUAAAUCCCUUCUCUUGUAAGGUUUCGCACUUGAACUCAUUUUCUAUGCAUCAUCAUCAUCAUCAGCAGCAGCAGCAGCAGCAUUAUUGCUAGCUGUUAUUCAAAAAGCCAUUUCCAAGUAGCCCUAAACCUUAAUUUUAAGUGUUCCAACGAAACUCCUUCGUCAAGAAAGGUUUAGCAGUUGAACUCAUUUUGCAAGUGAGCGUUUCUAGGAAAUUAAACAUGGUCUUUAAGUUAACGUCGCCAGGCGUUAAGUGUUUCGAUAACAUUGAUACACAAAUGUAACAUUGAUUGAUACAUAAAUGCACAUUGAUUUCGAUAACAUUGAUACAUAAAUGCAACGUUUUUCUUUCAUGUUGUCAAAAAAGACAUACUUCCACCUGGACAAGUGUUUUGAGUUUACUGCAAAUCUGUCAGUUAUCGAAAUGUUCCAAAGGGACUGGAUUGAAGGAUUAGCUUACAAAGAAAAUCAGGCACUAGAAAAUCAAAGAAAAUCAGUGACUAGAAAAAUUAGACAUCGCAGAAAGAAUCCAAGAGGCUGACGCUUUUAGCGUUUUUUAAAUAAGUCCUUCAUCGAGAAGAGUUUUAACUGACUGAUCCAUGUGCACAUACAUUUAUAUUAAGUUCAUUUCAGUUUUGUUAAAAAAGUUAAUUGACAAUCGAUAGGCAGGUUGAUUGAUUGAACAAUUGUUAAUUACUUGAUUUUUAAAUUAGAUUUCGAUGAAUGUGGAGGAAAUAAUAACCACUGCCACAAGAAUGCUGUCUGCACAAACACCCUCGGCUCCUAUAAGUGCCAUUGCUCCGUAGGAUAUGCUGGUGAUGGCUUGGCAUGCACAGGUAUUAUAUGCUGUGGAGCACGAAAUCUCUUGAAAACUACCGGUAGUUUUAUCAACAAUACUUUUGACAAAGAUAGGCUAAUAUUUUAAGGGAAGAACGAUUACUGUCCAGUAAAUACUUCAGAUUUUCAACCGCUGCUAGUUACAAUUUCAGGUCACAAAUAUAAAACGCUGAAAAACUAGAACAACAUGCAUAUCGUCUUCAACACAAAAAUCUUGUUACAUGACAAGCAUGGCUGACCCAAGGUCGCCGUAGUAGACGUGUGUAAUAACAAACAACAAAAUAAAAUUGUUGGACAACAAGAACUUUACAAAAAAAGACCAUCAAGAGCUCGAUAAAAAAUUUAGUCCAAGAAGGGCCCUGAUGGAAAGUAAAUUAGAAAGGCAGGGGCUCUAAGAAAUUGUGUCGCGGACUUAAUCUCCUCUCGGCUAUUAACGUCUGCGAAGCAGCGCCGAGAUUCUUGAUCUGGACCCCAAACGGGCUCAACGAAUUACCAGCAGUGCGUUUUGAAUUUUCCUUCAACAUGAUGACCAAUCGAGCAGUGGCUUAUUAACAGGCUAAUAAUAGCGCCUACUCAAAUCCUGGUACAUGUACACAGAUGAGAGCACAGAAAUCGGCACUGGCUAGCAGACGGACUUAAUCAGAGGUUUUUGGUCUGUGGCGCAGGCUAGGGCUGUAAACGAAAUCAAACAAAAAUCAGGCAUUAUUGCUGACGGCGGAAAUUCUUGGCGAGCAGUGAUAAGCCUUUGGUGAUAGCACCUCUAUAUCUGCGAUACAGACAGUAUUGGCCAGCAGCGUUAACAUGAACAUCAGGCCAAUAUGGGUCAUAGCUUGGUGCAGAAAAAACAAUAUGUCGCCAAAAGAAAACUUCCCCAUAUUCACUUUUAAACGGAAGGAAUUGAUUAUUCGACUGUGGGACCCCUGAUGACGUGUAAAAGAACAUAAACAUUCGUCAAGAGGUAAAACGUCCGGGAAGCGCGCGGUCAAAAUUGUUCUUGAGUUCGAAAGCUAACCAACACACAAAAGAAUGGCCUAUAACAAGAACUCAAGGAUUACAAUGACGGUAUCGGAAUUGUCAUGGCAACUAAAUGACGCCAUACCUAUUUUACUUGCAGCCGUAUUCUCGGCACUGGGACUGUUCUUGAAAAAUCGGUCACGGGAACUUAUUUUUUCCUCCAAUAGCCGCCUCGAUGUUCGUGAAGUUUAAGCGAGAUCUAUGAGAGCGUUAUCGAGAUAUUUUGGGAUGACGUUUUUUAUGGUAAAAACUGGACAAUAAUCUUGACUUUGCGCCGUUAUCUUUAGAAAACGAAGCGCUUUUGAAAUGCAAUUACACCUCAUAGCAGUUUCAGUCUUUUUAAAAACGUGUGUGAAAGAUUAUGAAGAUAACUUUAUGAAGAAGGAUUUAAAAUGACAGGUAAUCAUGAGAAUCUCAAAUUUUAAGAAAAAUCUGUUUAGAGGUUUCAAAAUUAUUUGCUUAUUUGUUAAAGAAGACCAAAAUGUUCCCAAACCGCUACCAAGAGCGCCUAAUCAAAUACCUCAUUCUAGCAAUCGGCUGAUCUCCAUGAUCUUUCACACACGUUCAGUUUAAAAAGAUUGAAACUACUAUGAGUUUUUCAAGAGAGAUGUUCAAAAACGUUUCGUGGCUACAGAUAACGGCCAAACAUCAAGAUUGUCGUCAUGAUGAUAUCGAUUUUACUAAAACUGCAUUAUGACAAACAUCAGUUCAUAGUCAAUCACUGGUGAAAGUUUUGAAGCAAUCGGACAGGGAUAAAAUGAAUCACUUUUAAGGCGAUUAAAAGGUAUUGGUACAUGUAUAGUCUCCUGAAAACUAUAUCCAAACACCUUAAAAUCCGCUGCUGAACGGACAAGAAUGACUCAAACAUGAACUUUCUGAAGGAUGCAAAAGCGUAGAGGGGGUAAAACCCAAUUUAAUUAUCUGCUCCUCGCGCCCAGGCCUACUAAGGCUACUUAUUUGCAGGCAAAUAUUUCUUACACGCCAGAAGCUUUUGAAAAUUAAUUUACGGCACUCUACGUUUCUUGAAAUGGUAGUAAAAAGGUUUUUUGUUUGCUUUAGAUAUCAAUGAGUGUUCCUCAGGUCACCAGUGUGACAGCAGUGCAACAUGUUAUAAUACUGAUGGAUCCUACACGUGCAUCUGUAACAACGGCUACACGGGAGAUGGACGAACCUGUCGAGGUACAAGCCAGGAGCAUAUAAUAAUCGCCUUCUAACAAGCAUUGAAAAAGCAUUUACAAUACAAGUGAUAUCGUUUACUUAUGAGCAAAAAAAUUGAAAACCGUCUCUUCUCAGUGGUCCAUUUAACUGUUGUUUUUUUUGCGCCUCAGAAGUGCACUUCUAUGAUAUUCGUUGCCAAAAAAAAUAUCGAGCAUAAUGAUAAAUCCUUAUUGUUUUCCAGAUGUUGAUGAAUGCUCACUCAACACCCAUGACUGUGACGCGCAUGCAAUCUGCACCAAUACAGAAGGGUCAUUUACUUGCAAGUGCGACCUGAAUUCGCAUCACAUUGGCAAUGGAAAAACAUGUACUCCUCAUCGUAAGCCGAGCUUUCUUUUAUGUAUUUAUUCAUGAAUAGCUUUUUAUGUAGGGUGACCAGUUUGAUAACCGUUCAUUUCUAGUUUGGGGAAGGAGUAUAAGCAAACAGUAUACGGCAUUUCAUCAACCGAUUUGCCUCAAAAUAACAACUUCUGCCAAUUCAUAAUGUCGAUCAUCUCGAUUAUUUUCUCCAAGAAUGUCCAGCUCUUGUUUAAAUGAGUGUUUAUAUUUCAAAUCCACUAAAAGCAAGGUAGCAUGAUCGGUUUUGUGGUUUACCUGCUUAGUGACCAUUCAAUGAUCUUGAGAAAGUGCACCCCGGGAUUGAGGGGUUGCAUUUAAGGUGGCUCGAUACAGUUUUUCAGGGUCAAUACCUCCCAAGUUUGAGAAUAAACUAAGUCGCCAUAAACAAAGAUUUUGAAAAAUUGCCACCACAUUUGCAUUAGAUAAAUAUUAAAAUUUGUUAUGAUCAGGGUUGCAACGACAUCGGAGUUGUCAUAGCAACGAAAAGACGCUAUUACCUAUUUUGCUUGCAGCAGCAUAUCUCGGCACUGGGAACUGUUCUUCCAAAAUCGUUCAAGGGAGCUUUUUCCUCUAAUAGCGGCCUCGGUGUUCGUCAAGUUUAAGCGAAAUCUGUAAGAGUGUUAUCGAGAUAUUUUGGGAUGAAGUUUUUAUGGUUAGAAACAGUAAAAAAUGGAAAAUCUUGGUGUUUGGCUGUUAUCUUUAGAAAACGAAGCGCUUGCUUUACUGUCUUACAAUACAUCAAUAAUCUUAAAACUGAAAGGCCAUAUCAAAGGAAGGUUAAUCUCAAGAAUCUUAAAUUUUUUAAGGUAGACCAAAAUGUUUACAAACCGCUAACAAGAGCCCUUUGAUACAUACUAAUCAAAUCCUUCUUUCUAGCAAUCGGCUGGAGCUAUCUCCAUGAUCUUUCACACACGUUUUAAAAAAGAUUGAAACUACUAUGAGGUGAAAUUUCAUGUCAAAAGCGCUUCGUUUUCUACAGAUAACAGCCAAACAUCUAGAUUUUCUAUUUUUUACUGUGUUUGUAACCAUAAAAACUUUACUCCAAAAUAUCUCGAUAUUGCUCUUGCAGAUUUCGCGUAAACUUCACGAAGAUCAAGACCGCUCUGUUGAAGGAAAAAGCUCUCGUGAACGAUUUUGGAAGAACAGUUCCCAGUGACGAGAAAUACUGCUGCAAGUAAAAUAGAUAACAGCGUCAUUUCGUUGCCACGCCAACUCCGAUGUCCUUGCAAGCCUGAUCAUAACAAAUUGUCGUCUUUAUCUAAUACAACCGUGGUGGCCAUUUUUCCAAAUAUUUAUUUAUGGCGACGUAGUUUAUGCUCAAACUUGGGAGGUAUUGACCCUAACGAACUGUAUCGAGCCACCUUAACGUGAUUCGAUGUUUUUGCACUGUGCAUUUCUUACAGCGCAUAACAAGAUGGGCGCCAUGAAAAAGAGCAUCUGAAGUAACAUUAAAAAAAAGUUGACUGAAGAGAAGCGUUAUCGGAAUUUUCGGUUGCGGUUGUUUCUUACCUAGAUGAGACUCGAUGUGUGGAUAAACAAUACAUUUAAGUGAAAUUCUGUGCGAUACCACAUGCGUCAUCGAAAAAAUCUCUCCUGUUUAUGUAGUUUUGGGCUGCGGGCGGUUCUUGCCAAAGGGUCUUAAAUAGGUGUAUUUGUCAGCAUUGCGACGCGAAAUCGAGCAUGGUGAACCCCACUUUUUAUCAUUUUUUUUAUCAUGUUCUUGACUUGUUACAACAGUGUACCGAGUUUACGUUUAAACAAAACACUGCCAGGAUCAAACCUUUUAAUGACAGAGGCAAGUGCCUCGGUUUGCCUCAUACUGGUUACGGCCCUGAUAGGAAAUACAGUGCAUCAAUGAUCUUACUACUGGACGAUUUGAAUUAGUGUAUUUGCUUUAAAUUAGAAGCCCGGGAAAGGUGUAUGUUGGGUGCACUGUCAGAAAGGGACACCUUUUUCACGCUUCAGGUAUGAAAGGAUAGGGAUUUCCGGAGUUAAAGUAUAUGAGAGGGUAGACUAUGUGUCAUUUCGUUCUGUAAAAAGACUAACAAAAGCAAUUGUGACUGUAAAAUUGUCCAAAAAAUUAACUGGUUUCUGAUUCCUUUAUAUUAAAAUGACAGUGCAUAUAAAAUAGUUAACAGGAAAGAUGCAUGUAAGGGGUUGGACCUCAGGGCGGAGUCUCACAGCGUGUACAAAAUUUUAUUGUAACAAUGUAAUGUUACAGUUGAGAUUGGAAAUUUACUUUAGUCACAAAACGAAUCAAACAUAUAGGAAAUGUCACAUGCAUGUCACCUUUGACUGUCAGCAAAUGUUAUGUAGUUCACUAUAUUUGCUCCCCUUGCAAAUAUGGAUAAUUAUGAUGCAAAUGUGCAAAUUUAUGAUACAGCCAAAUAUCUAGAAAUUUAUUGUUUUUGUUCUUAAGGCAAAUACGAGUAAACCACAUGCAAAAGUGUUCUUUUGGUAUCCUGGAAAACCAAGAGCAAACACCACUGCAAAUUAGGGGUUUUGCAAUAUUUUUGCCUGCAUUUGAAGUACAGUGAAAACUGCGAUUUUUGCCAAGGAUGUAAAUUUGAGCAAAUUGGUAGAAAUGUUGAAGAUUUGCCCAUGCUGCAAAUAUGUAUCAAAUUUGUAUCAAACCAUUACAUUUACUUGACUUUUGCGUAUCAAUACCUAUCUAGCAAGUAUAUGUAUUUGCCCACACUUAAGCCGACGGCGCAAAUGUAAUGCAAAUUUAGAGCUCCAAAUUUACCACAUAUUUGCACCUUUCGCAAACAUUAGUAAAUCCGUUUUUUCGUCCGGUGAUCCACAAACUAUCAAGGUUCGUUUACUAAGGAAUCACCUUGUUUUUACCCCACUUGAGCGGGUUAUCUCAACUACCGGCUGGGGUCCCACACCUUUUUGUAAACAGGCCAUAAGCCACCCACUGUCCAAUCCGACAGCAGGCUCAGCUGUUCAGUGGUCAGAUUCCACAUCGUUCCCAGAUUUAUUGGCAUACGACAUCUCUUAAAUUUAGGACAAAUUUCUGACUUACCUCCUUUUCAGGUGGCCUUGGUGACUCCGUCAUUUUAGCAAACGAUGUCAGCAAGAUAACGCAACUAAAUAACUGGCUUCUUUCCCACUUGCAAAGUUCGGACAGAAGUUACUGGAAACUGUGUUUUAGAGCUUCUAUUCAUGGUUGGAGAUCACGAACCUUUCACAGCUACUGCGAUAACAAAGGUCCCACUGUAACAAUUGUUAGGGUCGGGAUCUAUAUUUUUGGAGGCUACAACGACAAUUCAUGGCAAUGUAAGUCCGUGAAAUAGCUAAGAUACUUAUCAGGAAGGCUUCGACUGGUUGAAUUGAAUUAAAACCGAGGGUUCGUUGACCCUAAAUGUGAAAGAAAGAACAGAUAAGGCCUUAACCGAGACAGUUUUCGUUAGCAGUUCAAAACAACUCUAGUCUUAAACGGAUUUUUAUUAAUCAUUCGCAAUAUUCUGUGAUAAUUUUCAAAACGUCGGCGUAUGAGGUUAAUUAAAUACUCGCAAGACAAUGUUCUAUGGCACUUUGUAACACAUAUCGCACCAGGUAAUAACACUUGUCGCACUUUGUCAACUUGAAAUGGAUGCUCGAAGGACACGUAAACCCAAUAAUAAGUAUCAUCAUCGACAAAAACAAUAACAAGAACGAUAGCAAUAAUAAUAAUAAUAAUAAUGAUAAUAAUAAUAAUAAUGGUAAUAGUAACACUUCACUGAACUGUGUUUAGCACCAGUUUCUCAAGUGGGGGCGGAUAAAAGUGUUCACAUCAAUUGCGGCCUUCCGGCUUCAAGGUCUUUGUAGGGAAGUACACCGGCAACUCUUUCUAUGCGGACGACCUCGAGACCGUCAGAUAGUGUCCAUAACAGAAAAGGUCCGUAAUAAUGGGAGUUUGGAUUGGAAUUUAGCCUCUAUCCGUAUUAUCGGGUUGUCCAUAAAAGUAAAGUCUCCUUUAGGCGAAAGGUGAUUGUAUAAUCAAGUUUUUGGAAAGUUUUACCAGUAGCACGGCUGCGAGGAUAUGAACAGAGAUAAAGCAAAAUGUUAGUGUUUGCUGUCAAGAAUAAGUGCUAAACAUAUAUUUCAUAAAACCAUAAAACACAAACUCUGAGUUACAAACAUUAUCAUCAUCAAAAUCAUCAUCAUCAUCAUCAUUAUCGGUAUUAUUACUAUUGUUAUUGCACCAUGGACGUUACCAUGUCAGCCGAAUUUUGACAGCAACGUUUUUUUCAAAAUUUGCUUUUUCCAUAUAACAAAGGACUUAUUUUUAUUUUUACUGAUUGUAUUUGAGCCUUAUCCUUAAUUUAGCAAUAUUUUAUCAUAUUUAUUAUAACUGUAAGUGAAAUCCAGGUCCUUAAAUGAUUGAUUUGAGAAACAAUGGGAAUUUAAAAUAACCAAAUAGCAAAUGGUGGGUUCAACUUUUAACAGAGAUAAUUUCUCUCGGAAUUUCAUAACUUGCGGACUUUUUUGCUUUCUAAGCAUCGUUUUAAGCACAGAUCAAUUUUUGUAUAACGAUUAUCUCGAUUUAUGCGCAUUACAAGUAAAAUGGAGAACAAUUAUUUAAUUAAUGUUUUGAAAUUGUGGAUCUAAGAUGGCGCGUGGUUCCAGAUCCUUCUUUAGCAAUGAAUGACGUCGUCAUGACAUCACAGCUAUUGCCUUCUUCUCGAUUUCGUCAGGCACGGUACUAUUUGAAUAUUUUUCGCUUUAAGAGAAAAAUUAUGGAAUUGGAUUUGGCCAAUAGGUAUAUUCAACAAUAUGACUUCAUAAUGACAUCAAACUACUUCUUUGUGUCAAUCAAAUUAUGCCCAGAUGUUGGAAACAAAGAGUAGAUUAUUCUUAUUCUGCUAUUGUGGUGGCUGUAUCAUAAGCGGCUUGAUCAUAAAUGAUCAUCAUCAUCAUCGUAAAACAUUCUCAAUGAUAAUAAUAAACUAAUAUUAUUGCUAUUGAUGAUGAUGAUCAUUAUUAUUAUUAUUACUAAUUAUUUUGUCAUUGUUUUUUUUGUCGAUGUUGAUACUUCUUAUUGUUGGGUUUACUUAUCAUCCGACCAUGCAUUUCAAGGUUCUUUCAAAAUGCGGCCAGUGUUAUUACAAAGUGCGACAAUUUUAUUACACAGUGCAAUGAUUAUUACAAAUUUUGCCAGAACACGGGUCACAACAUUGUUUCUAACAACCAGUCAGCCUGACCAGCAGUUUUGAGUGGUACAAUCUCUGACGCAUUUUCCAUGCAUUAUCGGUGAUGACAACUGUUUAGCAACUGGCUCCUCCUUUUGUACAACGGCUUGGUCAUGCGCCUUUUUGUACGAUCGGGGAUCAGGCGUAUCCGGAAAGAUAAAUGUUUGUUCCGCCGUCCCUUUUAAAAUUACCAGUGGAAAAGCCCUGGGGACGGUAACAACAACAACAAUGGGCUUUAUUUGCAUAACCAUAAAAGUACAUACAGAAUUGCCAAAACUAUUUUAAGAAUGUAAAUUACAUCAUAAGGCAAUUACGUUACUUCGCUAAUAAUUUGUCACGAAGAUCAAAGUAAGCUAAAGUAUAUUUUUGUGACUUGUAUAUUGAUAAAGUAAUUAGAGGAGUUCAUCAGUUCAUUGAUCAAAGCUUUUGUAGUUAACUGGGUAAUAUUUGGAAUCAGAGUCUUUACUUUAUUGUAAAAAUUAUUCCUAAUCAUAGAGUAUGUAGGACAGCGAAAGAGAAAGUGAACUUCGUCUUCUGUUAGAUUGGAUCCACAAAAAGGGCAAUGCCUAUUAUUAGUUUGCGAUUGCUUAUUCGUAGUUUUACUGAUAGAGCCCUUCUCCCAGCUGUUCCUCUUGUUAAGUCUAAGUAAUUAGAAGUGGAAUGAUCGGUUUCAAAAGAGCUAUAAAACUCACGUUUUUGAGAAUGUUGACAGGUACUUUGCCAAUGUGACGUUAUUCCUGUUUCAUAGAACCUACUUAGCGAAGUUAGUUGUAGCUUUGUAACGUGGGGCCUGAGCCCGAGUUGAGUCGGACAUUUGCAGUUUGGUAGACUUACGACUCGUGUAACUGGUGUGCUAGUUUAGUAAAGUGAUUCGAACGCUAGUUGUGUUAUUUGUGUUACAUUUGGUGGCAGCGGUGGGAUUUUUGCCAUGGAAGACACUGUGAAAGCUUUGGAAGAGAAAGUGGCGCUCCUCGAGGCGAAACUUGGAAAGAAAAGUGAAAGUACGGCUGGUACAAGCGGCAGUUCACCGAUAACGUCGCCAGAAAACCCUCUUCGCAUCAAACCGGAGAGCUUCUCUGCGACGUCCGGCGAAAGUUGGGUGGUUUGGAUACGGAAAUUUAAAAGUAUUGCAGCCCUUAACAAGUAGAGUCCUGAGCUUCAGUGUCAAAUAUUACCCGCAUACCUGAAAGGCCUUGCCGAACAGACCUAUCACAGCCUGACUGCCGAACAAACAGCCACGUGGACGGCCGCUGAACGCGCUCUGACAGAUCGAUUUUAUCCUAAGGAAUCUCGUCAGGUACACAUUUCCACUCUACGAGCCAAAUUAAGACGUCCUGACGAAGAUCUACAUCAACUGAGGUGCAACAUUUCUUGUCUUGUGGAGAUGGCCUAUCCGGAUGACCCCCCGGAUAUACUCAAUCGCACUGACAGAGAUUUCUUGGUGGGUGCUUUGAACCCUAUUAUAUUGCAAGAGAGAGAAGGUGUUGGAUUUGAGGCCCAAUACUUUGGAUGAGGCCCUAGCGGCAGCUCAGCAACAUGAAUCAAAAAGUGCUCAACGUCUGGGGAGCAGGAGAAGUUUGGCUCCCAACAGGGAACCCAAGAACCCCCAGCGUGGGCUAAGGAGCUUUUUCAACAGCAAGCUGAAAUCUUAGAGAAGCUAAAGAAUAUUCCUCAAGGGAGGCAAGGUAGGAAUGGAAGUGUAGAAUCUGGCCCCAGAGCAUGUUUUAAGUGCGGUAGCCUGACUCAUUUUAUUCGUGAAUGUCCACAUCAAGUCCGUCCCGACCAGGGAAACGGGAGAUGGGCGGGGCACAGCGGAAAGUGACACCGCCGAGAAUCCAAAGGGAGCAUUUUUGCCUUGUGAUAUCAAUGGUGUUAAGUCCAAAGCCUUAUUAGACACGGGUGCAGAAGCAACAAUUAUCAGUGAAGCACCUAUACAGUCGCUCUAAGACACAUAUAAACAAACUUGAGUCCACACUGAAGCCUGACCUGGGGACCAAUAACAUGCCAGUUGGUGUGGUUGGAGAAACAGAAAUAAAAAUUCAGCUGCGUGCAAUCAAGGCCCGGCAUAAAGUGCUGGUGUGCCGAGACUUGGCACAGCAAGUGUUGAUUGGUAUAGAUUUCCUAACAGCUCACAAAUGUAUUAUUAUCUUUGACACUAACGCUGUCGACAGUAAGGGGGAACCCAACAAAAUGGUUUUUGGAUGCCUUGAUAGAGUUUACAGGGUCACUGUGGCCGAAACCGUCAAAUUAUCUCCAAAUAUGGUCGCACACAUACCUUGUGAGGUCCAAGGGGUAGAUGACUUAGACGAAUUUACGGGCGUACUGGAACCAGCAGACAAGUUUUCAGAAAGAUAUUCUGCUGGGGCCUUUCGGACAACAGUGACCGUGGAAGGAGGUCGAAUCCCAGUUCGUGUGUUCAAUUACCUUAACAAGCCCCUCAAGAUUUACAGGUGCAGCAGUAUAGGAGACCUCUACCCAUUAGCAGGCGAAGAGGAAUCACAGGAGGAAACCAAUGUGGGUGUGGGCUACAAGGUGGUACCCCCUGCGGCCUCAAAGGAAGUUGUUGAGGUUGGAUUGGAAGCUGAACAAUGUGGUGAGAUUUUUGUGAGGGACACUGACGUCCACAGUUUAUUAGUAGAAGAGGUGUUCCCUAUCAGCAGUGAUUUGGCCCCGGAAGAGGAAAAACUUAGGCAUUAUGAGAUGUUGUCCACUUAUGGUGACUUCCUUUCAAAGGGGCCGUGGGAUUUAGGUACUGCAAAGGGCGUACGACAUACCAUCGACACAGGCUCUGCCAAGCCAAUCCAGGUACCGCUGCGAAGAGUUACCUUUCACAAAAGGCAGGAAAUGCACAGCCAAGUGGAUGAAAUGCUCGAAGCAGAGAUUAUAGAACCGUCCGAUUCCCCUUGGUCCUCUCCGGUGGUUUUAGUAGCAAAACCUGAUGGCAGUCAACGUUUCUGUGUGGACUACCGCUCUCUUAACUUGGUAACCAAGCGAGACUUGUACCCGCUUCCACAGUGUGAUGACAUAUUGGAGAGUUUAUCAGGGGCACAGCGGUUUUCUCAUCUCGACCUCCUUACGGGAUAUUGGCAAAUUGAUGUGGCAGAGGAAGAUCGGAAGAAGACGGCGUUCGCAUCUCCGGAUGGCCUUUACCAAUUCCGCAAACUAAGUUUUGGCCUUACGAAUGCACCUGCGUGUUUUAUGAGGGCUAUGCACCUUAUCUUGAAGGGUUUAUGCUGGUCAGACUGUCUGAUGUAUCUAGAUGAUAUCAUUGUCUUUGGUCGAACACUACAGGAGCAUCGGGAGAGACUGUCACUUGUCUUUUCACGCUUGACAGAAGCAGGCUAGAAGAUUAACCCCAAGAAAGUAAACAGGUGGUUGUGUUUGGUCACUUCAUGUCACGGGAGGGCAUAUCUACUGAUCCAGAGAAAUAAGAGUCAUAAAGGUGUGGCCGUAGCCAGUUGAUGAGAGUCAGCUGAGAGUGUUCUUGAGGACGGCUGUUUACUAUAGACACUUUGUGCCAAACUACGCCCACAUUGCAUUCCCUUUGCACCGUGCUUGCCAAAAGGGGGACCGUUUCAGAUGGACAGCUGAGUGCGAGGAAGCUUUCCGGGACAUCAAGCACAGAUUGUCGAGUGCUCCCAUCCUGGCUUUCCCCCAGCUAGACGUACCGUUCAUCCUGGACAGUGAUGCCAGUGACAGUGGGCUGGGGGCGGUGUUGUAUCAGGUUCAAUGUGGGAAAGAACGUGUAAUAGUAUACGCAGCGCGUGCCCUAUCAAAGGCUGAAAGGAACUAUAGCACCACCCGGAAGGAACUGUUGGCCCUCGUGUGGGGAACAGAGCGCUUCGAGACAUUCCUCUGCGGGCGACGUUUUCUGGUCAGGACUGACCCUAGUGCUCUGCAGUGGCUACGGAACUUUAAAAACCCUAGAGGCCAGGUGGCUAGGAGGCUAGGUGGCUUGAAAGGCUUAGUGACUUUGGUGGAACAUCGUCCUGGUAAAUUUCACGGCAAUGUGGAUGGACUGUCCCGCCUUCCCUGGUACGAGGGUGCAUCGGUUAAGGUAGAGAGGGAUGCCACCCAGAUUCAGUCUGUGAAUGUGGAACCCUUGUCGAGAGAAAGUAUACGUGCAGCCCAAAACCAAGAUCCUGUCCUGUCGCAAGUUGUGAGGUGGCUUGAAACUGAUGUCAGACCCGCUAGAGGCGAUGUGGAAGGAGGGGGACGCAAACUGUUAUCAUACUGGUCACGAUGGGGAAGGCUGUUUCUCAGGGACGGUCUGGUGUUUAGACGUUGGGAACACGAAGUGACAGGCCAAGAGAUUUAUCAUCAAAUCUGCUUGCCCGAGAGUGUCGUGUCACAAGUGUUCUGCGCCUUGCACAACGAUCCGUCAGCAGGCCACCUUGGCGUCUCGAAGACUCUAGAAAACGUGCGGAUAAUAUUUCAUUGGCAUGGCAUGCGGGAAGAUGUCGAAAUGCACGUUAGAGGGUGUGUCCCAUGUGCUGAAGUCAACGACCCUUGCAAGCUGCCAAAGGCACCCGUUAUAAACAUUAAGACAGGGCACCCCCUACAAAGGGUCGCAAUAGACAUCUUAGGUCCCACACCGAGAUCUACCUCUGGCCAUGAGUGGUUGCUGGUGAUCUCCGAUCAUUUUACUAAGUUUGCUCAAGCCUUCCCAGUGAGAAACACCUCAGCAGUCACGCUGGCGAAGAAGGUGGUAGAUGAAUACGUACGCCGUUUCGGGUGUUUCGAGGGUUUGCAUUCUGAUCAGGGAGCCAAUGUGGAUGGAGCUGUACUCAAAGGACUGUGCGAUUUAAUUGACGCAGCGAAAACAAGGACGAUGCCGUACCAUCCCCAAGGGGACGGGCAGGUAGAGAGAAUGAACAAAUCUCUGGUGAAGAUCCUUAGUAAGCUGAGUUGUGACCAUCGCCUGGACUGGGCGGACUUUGUGCCAAAAUCAGUUCUUGCUUACAACACUAGUGCACAUGAGUUGGAUGCUCUCCUUAGGUUCGAGACAACACCUUCUUAAGGGUCAGCACAGACAUACCCCGAUUAUGCUGUUGAGCAGAAGCAGCAAUUAGGAGAGACGGAGCAAAUAGUGAGAGAGAACCUCAAGCGAGCGCAGAAGUCCCAGAAAGCUUAUUAUGACACCAAUUACUAGGGUCAGCGGUUCCGUGUAGGAGACCGGGUGUGGUAUAGAAACCGAACCAGCACAAGAAGGAAUAUAUUCCUCAAUCCCUGGUGUGGUCCUUGGAAGGUGGUGAAAGCUCUGUCUGAUGUUAGCUAUCGCAUUGAAGAGGAGAGGCGGAAGCCGGGAAAACGUUGUCAAAGGAGGGUGGUCCACUUCAAUUAUCUGAAGCCAUGCUUUUCGUCACCUGAGAAGCCCUCACAGUUAACCUAUUCGGGCCAUGCGGAAGAUACGCCGAAAGCGGAGAACCUGAGGGACGGGCAGCAACCGUCUCGAGGAACCUUAGUUGACUCUGGAGAUGUCGAAUUGAAAUGGCUGGAAACUCCAGUUGCUACAGUCACAGAGGUUUCUCAUCCCUCCCAGGAGCGUGAAUCUGGUGUUGAAUCUAGUGGUACAUUAAGUAAAUCCCCUCGAACAAUCUGAGGUUUCUCAAGUGAGUGAUGAACCGCCUCGUGAACCGUGUCAUGUUCCUGCAAGGCGGAGACGUGAGCGAAGGGAACCUGUCUGGCUACGAGACUAAGUUAGAACAGUUGCUGUUUACCCAACCUGGUCCUUGAACUUUGUGGGAACAUUUGCAUGCUUAAAUUAGAAAUUCUCUUUCUUACCUCGGACCUUAUGUGGGAUGGGGUAGUGUAGCGUGGGGCCUGAGCCCGAGUUGGGUCGGACAUGCGCAGUUUGGUAGACUUACGACUCGUGUAACUGGUGUGCUAGUUUAGUAAAGUGAUUCGAACGCUAGUUGUGUUAUUUGUGUUACAACUUAUGAUACUCCAAUUCAUGGAGAUUUGAGCGUGAUUUAUUAUUCAUUUCGAACUGAAUAAUAAAUCACUAAUAUACCACUUUCCUGCUCUCCGUGAUUUAGUAAAGCACUAUCGUUUUCUUAAACUAGACCAUUUUACAGUUGUGGGCUUUAAUUUGUACCCUAGACUUAUGGUUGUAUCAAAACAAGGUCAGCUCCAGCCUCGUUUCUCUUUAUAACUGUAAAAUGCAUAUGGUCUAUUGAACUCGACUGCGCUGCUAUGGAUCUCUAAUUGUUUGUGUUCUGUUUUUUGUCUCUUCAGGGUCUGCUGGUUAUCAAUAUUCGACAAAUACCUUCUUAUACUCACUGAAAAACUACAACGGGUAUGGAUAUUUUAAAAAGGACAUAACAUUAAACUACUAUGACAGAGCCACGUACAGCCGCUAUGACUAUUUUCCAACUUUUGGGAACCAUGAUAUCUACAUUGCAGACAAUGCAGGAUACAACACUAAUUCUUACUUUAAUGAUUGUCUGGCGUACCUCAGUCCCUAUUGUGACAGUCAUCUCUGGGUUGGAUCACAGUACGGAAAUAAUUUUUGCCCAGAUGAGUUGGAAGUAUAUUACGAAGUGCUUGCUUGAAACCGGGCAGCAACAAAAAACAAUUAAGGCUAAAACAACAACGGCAACAACAACAAACCAGCAAAAUAAACAACAGCGAUAAAUAGAUAAAUUAGCUCUCCCCCUUUGACUAUACCCUGCUCAGAAAUUCUAUCAUGAUAUUUUCAAAGUAACGCAACUCAUGACAAAAAAGGUGAUUAGCAACUAACGUGUGCAUUUCGUUAUAUCUGGAGCUUUCGCAUUAUCAAUAGCAGAAAUUUCAGCAACAAAGUGAGAUGUUAAAGCACCAACAGCGGUUAGCCAUUUAGCACUACCAGUUUUGUCCUUAUGAUGGACCAGAAGGGCGUUUUUUGUUGAUAGCGUAGUUCCAUGGUAGGAAUUUGUAAGUGCUUUCUCUUGUUAUUCCCCACCACUUGUUAGAACUUAUCCCUGUAGGUAUUCUUAGGAAUCUCAAAGGCCGGUUGUAUAGCAGUAGCGAGUAAAGCCUCUUUAUCGUUCCGGCGUUCCUUUUGUUGUGAAGUGUUUUGAAAGUUAUUUUUAAGACGGAUAUAUCUUAUCUUUUAAGUUUAGUUUUUGUUUCAUUAAGUCUUGUUUUUGUCCACGUACUGUUUUCCUAUUUUGAUCUUUUGUUUAUGUAUGCUUAGCUCGCGAAUUUACUAGCCUUAUUGCCAUGAUAGGAAUAUUAUUUGCUUGGCAUUGUCAGAUGUUAGUUUUUUACAGGUGGUCGUGUUUGUGGUGUUAGAGCUAUGCAUGGAAUGAUAUUUAAUAUGUAGCCCGUCAGACUCCUUUGUUUUAUGUUUUUGUGGACCGGACGGUGCACAUUUAAAUAGCAUUCCUAUUAUCUUGAUCAUACUGACCAAUAAAAACGUCGCAAGAGCUUCCAACAUAAACUACAAGAC